AUGAGAACUUGGACCUCCACUCUCGCCCUCGGGUGGCUUAUAGCACCUUCCCCAGCUCUUUCGCUAUCAGUUGGCACAAAAAGAGCGGGUUCUUCAAACUUGUGUGCUACAAAUAGCCGAGAUAUUGUCUCUAACGACACCAAUGUUUGGCCCUGGCAAUCCUUCAAGUCAUCAAAUAUCACUCCUCCAUACCUGGAUAUCAAUCGCACAAGCAAUGAUCUUGCAUCUGGCCUGCUCUUCAUUAGCCAAGAGGACGAGAGUUCCACAACAGAGACCGUGAAACAAGAGUCGCCGUUCAUUUUAACAGAUGACAAUGAACUUGUCUGGGGUGGACCGCAAGGCGAGACUUCAAAUUUCCGACAACAGUUCUGGGGAGACAAGUCUAUUAUCACAUUCUGGGUUGGCACAGGUGCUGCAGCAUACGGUGCUAAUGUUGGCCGGGGAUGGGGUAAGGUCCAGUUCUAUGACGAAAGUUACACAUUGGUGAAGUCGGUGUGUUUGGAUCUGAACUUGACCUUACCAGAGGGUACCACCGCGGACUGUGAUGCAGAUGUCCACGAGUCUUUCAUCACGGAGGACAACACCAUUUUGUUGACUGCGUACAACACAACUCAAGCGGAUUUGACUUCUGUGGGUGGCUCCAAAGACGGAUGGGUUUAUGACUCUAUCGCCGUGGAGGUUGACCUAACCACCAAUGAGCCCGUGUUCAUCUGGAGCCCGUUGGCCCAUCUGGCCGUUAAUUUGACACAUGAGCCGUAUACCCCAUCCAACGCGUCAGAGCCCUUCGACUGGUUCCAUAUGAACUCAAUUCAGAAAUGGGGAGACCACUACUUGAUCAACUCGCGUCAUUUGUGGCGCACAUUCCUUGUGAACCGUCAAGGUGAGAUUGUUUGGUAUAUUGAUGGCCAAACUGGCGGUGACUUUGGCAGUUUGCCUCAGAACGGAAACUUUUCCUGGCAACACAUGGCCCGGCUUCGUAACGACUCUUCGAACCCCAAUGAAGUCCUCCUCAGCUACUUUGCAAAUGAUCUUGACACCGGUUCAGCCACCAACCCUUCCAAGGGUACCACCCUCCGCCUCACAUUGCCUCCCAACCCCGCGAAUCCUCCAAAGCUCGAGACUGACUUUUUUGACGAAAAAUACCCUGUCUCAUCUGCUGCAGAGGGAUCUUUUACACCUCUUGAGAACGGCAAUACGUUGAUGGGAUAUGGUGACCAACCUUAUAUCAAAGAAUACGAUUCAACUGGCAAGGUUCUGUGGUCUGCUCAAUUCGCAGGCGAAGACCUAGGCCAGAGUUACCGCGCCUACAAGCAAGAGUGGAGUGCGACUCCAUACUACCGGCCGAGUCUGGUUGUCUCAAAGUCCACCUCCGAGGAUGUUCUCAGCGAAUGUGCCGGUGCAUCAUCUUCCCUCAGAGGUUAUGUUAGUUGGAAUGGAGCUACCGAUGUCGAGGGGUAUAAGGUCUAUGCUGGUAGCAGUGCAGUGAGCCUUCGUCUGUUGGGACAGAUUGAAAAGAAGGGCUUUGAGACCCAGUUCUCGCUUCCGACAGAUACGAAGGUGGUGCAGGUUGCUGCUGUAAAGUCUGGCCGUGCUGUCAGCAAGUCGGAAGUUGUAUAUGUCUGA